ACCCUCGGUCCCGGACGGGGCGUGGCUGUGACGAGAUCCGUCUGGGAAAGGGCAAAAGAGCAGGGCCACUUACGGAAGAAACAAAAUGUCUCAAAAGCAGAUGAAGGAAGCUUUUGUCAGUAACCUCAACGGGACCAGCGUGCUGGAAGUGACCCAGGGCUUGUGCUUCCCUGCAUUCUGUAUCCUGUGUCGGGGCCUUUUGAUCAUUUUCUCACAGCACGUGUGUUCUUUCUCACACAGCUGGAGCACACGCUUCUUCAUGGACUUUGUUGUCCUUGUAGUCCCCUUGGUGAUCACUUUGACUCUGCUGUCUCCAUUUAUCCUACUUGAGAAUCUCACUGCAAUUGCCUGUGGGGCAUGGCUGUUGUAUCAGAUAUACCAGAGGAGGACUUGUCACGCCAAAGUGCCUGUUCAGAAAGUCUUUGCAAACUUCUUGCAAAUCAGCCUAGAAUCAGAGUACAGUCCAGCCGUCACUUAUUACCGGGUCAUUAAUAGUGUGUUUACUGCUAUUGCCAUUUUGGCUGUGGAUUUCCCACUGUUCCCUAGAAGAUUUGCCAAAACUGAGCUUUAUGGGACAGGGGCAAUGGAUUACGGAGUAGGUGGCUUUAUUUUUGGGGCUGCAAUGGUUUGUCCAGAGGUUAGAGGGAAACAUGUAGAAGGAUCCAGAUUUAAUUAUCUUAGAAAAUCACUGUAUUCUGUCUGGCCCUUAGUUGUCUUAGGAAUGGGACGGUUAGUCAUUAUAAAAUCCAUAGGCUAUCAGGAACAUUUAACUGAGUAUGGUGUUCACUGGAAUUUUUUCUUUACUAUCGUAGUUGUGAAAUUAGUAACAUCACUUGUUUUGAUUAUUUUUCCUUUAAAUAAGUCCUGGAUUGUGGCUGUUAGCAUUACUGUGUUAUACCAGCUAGCUCUUGACUUUACUCCACUCAAGAGGAUAAUUUUGUAUGGCACUGAUGGUAGUGGCACGAGAGUUGGUUUACUAAAUGCCAACCGGGAAGGCAUAAUUUCCUCUCUGGGGUAUGUGACAAUAUACAUGGCUGGCGUGCAAACAGGGUUGUAUGUGCUUAAGAAUAGAACACACAUCAGAGACUGGAUAAAAGUGACUUGUUGUAUUCUCUUAGUGGCUGUUAGCUUUUUCAUUUCUCUUUAUAUAGUUCAAGUGAAUGUAGAAGCCGUAUCUCGUAGAAUGGCCAAUUUAGCCUUUUGUGUGUGGGUGGUUGCUUCUAGCCUGAUGCUUCUUAGCUGUCUGUUACUGAGUGAUAUAAUUUUGAGUUUUGCCAAAUUUCUAAUUAAAGGGGCUCUAGUACCAUGUUCUUGGAAACUUAUACAGUUGCCUGCUACAAAUAAAAAACAUUCCAAACCUCUAAUCCUAGAAGCUGGGAAAAAAGAGCCCAGUCUUUGUUUAAUCACAGCUCUGAACAGAAACCAGCUGUUCUUUUUCUUACUGUCAAAUGUAACAACUGGUCUCAUUAACCUGACAGUGGAUACACUGCACAGUGGUGCCUCCUGGACCUUAGUUGUGCUUGGUAUUUAUAUGUUUACCAACUGCUUAGUUGUCUAUCUACUUGAUUUACAAGGUAAAACCACAAAGUUUUGGUGAUGAAUUU